GUAACGCGUACGCUUUCGGUUCACAAGCUCGAGCUCGGGCGUUUGCGUGCGAUCAGCGAUUUCGCGAUGGUUCGCCAAGAACGACGCGACGCCGAUAAGGAGAUGGCUGCUCGGUGAUAAGACAUGCUCCCGGACUUUUCGAGUCAGUCAAACGAAGUCAGUGGAACAAAUCUUGAUUUGCUGGCGUUGUAGUCCAACGCUUCGCGAUGUCGGUCUCGUCGAAAACGUUAUCGGUGAACCGAGUGCACCACGCUAUAAACGAGAAACAGAUAGUGCCAAUUGAAGAAGACAUCCAGUGUAUCACACGAACGUCGUUUUGAGUCGCCGAUGAGAUUCGCGCUUUCGUCGUGCCAAUAACAAUCGACGAAAGUAGAUUUUAGGUGCCUUUUGCGAAUCGUGAACGAUGCUCGAACGUGCAUAAAAGGCGGUGGAUCAACUUUCGAUCAAAAGUCUGAGAUUCGAGGGCUGUGAUUUGGCAUCGAGCGCUGGUCGCGACGAAUAUUUGUAGGAAAAGUUCUUUGCUCCAUUUGCUCCGUAAGUUUGCAAAGGUAUUGAGAAGGUGGAAUUGUUCGUAGGCCGAUGUUGAUUCGAAGCUUAAACAGAUUUUUAAUUACGAGAGAAAUUCUUCAGCUCUUUGCUGGAUAAAUCUAAGAGAACGGUAAAGACAGUGCGCUUACUCCAGUGUUGGAUCGAAAUUGAAGUAAAUAUGAAAAGAAGUGUAAAAUACAGAGACAAUAUUAAUUAAGAAUUCGUAGAAUUUUUAGAAGUAAUCGUGAUUGAUGAAAGAGAAGUUUGAGAGGGAAGGCGUCGAUGCAAAGAAUCGCGAUAUCGUUGAUAAAAAAAAAAAAGAAGAAAAAAAAAGGCAGGAAACAAGGGAAACAUUCCGCGUGACGUAAUCAGGCCAUUUUCUCGCAAAUGAAAAGAGCAAACGUUAUUGUUAGUAGCUGAUAAGUGGAGACCACUGGCCAGGUGUUGGCUCGUAUAAGACGUCCUACAUCAUUGCUCGUACAUCAGUAGAUUCUCCAUCAUCAAACUCGACACCUAUUCACCUAACUAUUCGGUUCUUCCGCGCACAUCGCGUGUCUUCCGUUCGAACGAUAACAGGCCAUAAAACGAAACGAAAUCUUAGUAAAGAACAACUUGAUUAUCCAAGAGAAAAUACAAUUUCACUUUGUUGAAGAAAUCUUCAACUCGAUUAAGACAGACAGAUCCUGCCAAGCUUAAAGGUGGAUUAGAAAGAUUUAAUGGAAUUACCAUUGGAUAAUCAGAGAGAAAUUGAUCGAUGACGUGUACUUAGUUUUUGAGAAUCAAUUUUAAGAGUAACGGUUGAAGAGCAGAUGCGAUUGCCAGUGAGUUUUCUCAGCUGUGUUCAUAGUUGUCAAAUAGUGUUCGAGAAAGGAAAUUGAUAAAAGAUAAACUCUUUUUCGUCUGAUUGUGGUUAACGAAACGAGUAACUGCGAGAUCUAAGACGAUAAGCGAAAGACUUACGUAGAACGAUAAUCAAUCGGGACAGGAAGUAAUUGCCUUCCCUUUAAUUAACUUCAACGCUUCGCAUUUGCAGCGAUCAUCGAAGGUUUAUUCUGCGACGUGAGAGGAUUUUUCGCGAUCGCUGAACUAUUUGAAAAGAUAGUAACUUGUUAGAAUUAUCGCUGCAAUCACUGAGAAUUCAUUCCUACUAUCGUUUUCGAUAGUAGCUAUCGUUUUCGUCAAAAUCAAAGGGAAUUUUACAAUCGUUGAAUUUGUUGAAACUUAGCUUAGUAAAGAAACGAAAGAUUAUUGAAAUUAUUGCUACGAGCAUAGAAAUUGAUACUGAUUUAAAGAUCGUCAAAUUUUCCAAGGGAAACAGGAAAAUCGAGAUUUUCAAAAUUAACUUUCAAGUUCGAAGUUGACAUUUGGAGCAUCUGUACACGUAGAAAUUUCUGCGCGUAUCGAUAAAUUGUACGUGUGUGUUAUCUACAAUCGCGCAAGAAACCUUAAGAUCGUGACACAGAGAAAUGUUUGUACGAUGCGAAAAAAUCCUUCCGCCACUGAUCCUUCUUCGUUCGCGAUAAGAAAUGAAAAAUUGCAGCUACGUCGAAGCGUGUCGUUUAAUAUCACGUGCGCGUGCAAUCGUAUGUCACAAAUCUGAUUAUCCAAGUGUCUAGAACUUCUUCGUCAAACUAAUAAAUCUUUCGAAUAAAACGGGAACAACGUCGUACGCUAUUGUCCUCGAAUGGAAAAUAUUCUUCGAGGUAGAGUAUUGUCCGAAUACGCGAGCUAAAGCGUGUGUAUCAAAGGGAAAAACAGAAGAAGAAGAAGCAAAAAUGAACGGAGACGUUCCAAAAGAUCCAAUUUCGAGCGUGAAAUCAUCCUCGCCGGACAGAGGCGAGAAACAAAAUCUGUUGCCAUCGUCGGAACAAACAACACCUGUUAUAGUAAAAAUGUCCAAGACUCCAUCGCUUAAAAGCAGAGAAAUAGUUGGUGAACUUUUGCAACGAUUGACAGUUUGUCAUGGAAAGGUUCAGGAAGGAUCACGUAAAAUGCGAAGAAAUCCAUCGAGCCGGUACAGAGCAUGGCCAACGCGGAAGCUACGUCGUCGCGCCGUGUUAAAAAACGGCGAGUGCAACGUCCUUCAGUCGCGAAUCUCCAGGCGUUCCCUGCGCUUCCUCCGGGACAUAUUCACGACCCUGGUCGACACUCAAUGGCGAUGGAUGUUGCUGUGCUUCAGCCUGAGCUUCGUGCUCUCCUGGCUAGGUUUCGCGGUCAUCUGGUGGCUCAUCGCGUUCAGCCACGGUGACUUUGAAAAGGACCAUCUGCCCCCGUAUCAAAUAGAUAACAACUGGACACCCUGCAUCAACAAUAUCUUCUCGUUCACGAGCUGUUUCCUGUUCAGUAUCGAGACGCAACACACGAUCGGUUACGGAAGUCGUGUCACGACCGAGGAAUGUCCUGAGGCGAUCUUCGUUAUGUGCAUCCAGAGCAUCGUCGGUGUGAUGAUCCAGGCGUUCAUGGUGGGCAUAGUGUUCGCAAAGAUGAGCAGGCCCAAGCAGAGAACUCAAACGUUGCUGUUCUCGCGGAACGCUGUUAUCUGUCAGAGAGAUGGCGAGCUCUGUUUGAUGUUCCGAGUCGGCGAUAUGAGGAAAAGUCACAUAAUAGGAGCCGCCAUUAGGGCCCAAUUGAUAAGGACCAGGACCACCAAGGAGGGCGAAGUGCUGUCACAGAACCAACAGGAGCUGGCCGUAGGCACCGAUGGUCAGAACGGUAACCUGUUCUUCAUCUGGCCCACUACGAUCGUUCACAAAAUCAACGCGGAGUCGCCGUUUUACAACAUGUCCGCCGAGGACAUGCUGACGGAGAGGUUCGAGAUUGUGGCCAUCCUCGAGGGAACGAUAGAAUCGACAGGACAAACCACUCAAGCCAGAUCCAGUUAUUUGCCACAAGAGAUCCUCUGGGGACACAGGUUCGAGCCCAUGGUCACGUACUCGAAAGAGAGACAGGGCUACGAAGUGGAUUACUCCUUGUUCAACAAUACCACGCAGGUCGGAACGCCUCUGUGUUCUAGUAGAGAACUGGCGGAGUUUUACAAGAUACAGGAAGAACUUCGUCAUGGGAACGGUAUGAUAGUAGACGAGGAUUUCCUAAUGGAGUCCUGUCAGGACAGCCAGUACCACUACGGUCAUCGUCCACAUCUAAAUCAUCCUCAUCAUCAUCCAAACCACAAUUUAACCUACGUGGACAGCGGCAGAAGCGAAACCAGCGCCGACGAGGCGACCACCUGUCGAAAUUCUUGCAGAGACUCGACGUAUCACGGACCACCGGUUCCAAAUCGAGACCAUAGCCACUACAAGAUUCUCGAUUUAGACGCUGAUGGGAUCCAGGUGAUGGGUGACGUCGAUCUACAACACUUGCCGGAAGCGGUGAACAGGGAGAUCCUGAAGAACAGCCGCGAGAUCAUCUUCGAAGAGCCAGAAACAUCGAGGGAAGGGAGUCCGUUGUUACUAAAAUCGACUAGUCGGAAGAACACGAGACACGGUGUUCUGGACGAGGAGAAGAGAUCUUUGAACAGUUCCAAGAGGAGUCUCUAUCAUAGAAAUAUUCUUCGAGGCUUGGAAGAAGAUAAAAGAUCUCUGGAUGGGUCCAGAAGAAAUUUGAAUGGGUCCAGAAAGUAUUUAUUAAUUCCCUUGGAUAACAAGAACGCGGUGGAGACCGGAUACAGGGAGAAUUUCAUCGUUAAUAGAAAACACACGGGCAGCAGAGAAUAUUUAAACGCGACGAGGAAGGCCAUCUACGUAAAAGGAUGCAGGGAGCCCCAAGAAGUGGACGCUAGAGGAAGAUUGAACUCCAACGACGACAGGUUGAUGAUAGAAAUAGAAAAACCUUCGAAAUCGUGUCAGCCACAGGAGAUAUUAGCUAAAAAUAAGAGCACUUCGCUGUCCGAUCCUGAUCUAUCGCCGAACGACUACGUUCCUGCUAUAAAGUCACCAGUUCCAUCGACUUUGUUGCCAAUCUCUCCAGUAUCCGACCUGUCGCCGGAAUCUGGCUUCUACGAUGGAAUGCAAUGGAGUUGCAGCCCGGAGUGCGUUAGAAAGGAUCUAAAAAUUCCCAAUGAACCUGUGAUCGCAAGAAAUAGAAGGAGUUACGAGAAUGCGCAGCUUCAGGAUGUGAACGAGGUUUUAUCGAGACCUAACAGUGAUAAUAGCUCGUUGGAUAGCGAGGAGUCCAAGAAUUUAGUUAGUGAGAAUGGUUCUCGUAAAUUUGGCGAGAAAAAUAUUGCCGCGAAGCAGACGGUCCCUUACACGAGCGUCUGAGCAAAGUGUGCCUUUCUCUUAGUGUAACAUAUCGCUUCCAAGUGCCAGUGCAAUUGUGUUGUACAGAAUAUUGCGUUUUACGUAUUUCCAAAGCGGCAUCAGAGUCGUGAUUGGUCUUAUUCAACCCUGGAGCAUCAAUGUUAUUGGACACAGCUGCGGCUGGACGCGAGAAUCUGAACAUUUUCUGAAUUUACGAUCGAACCAAUAUUAUUAGUAAGAUUCUACAAGUAACGGUAACGAGCUUGUUUAUAGAAUAAGUGAAAUUUUUCAAUUGAAUUUUACAGAUUACAAGUCGUCCAACUAUUUCGUUCGACGUGAAACUGAACGCACGUAAUUGUAAGAAUCCAAGAAUUAAUAUUGUUAAUUGGUAAAUUAUUGUGCGAGAGAACUCUUUAUAAAAAGUAGAUAUACGAAAUAAAUUUCGACAAAUUUCUGAGGAAUUCAAGAAAUUCAUGGAAUAAGAGUUUUCAAUUAGUUUCACGUAGUUCAUUGUGCUCUGAGGGUUGUGAAAGUAACCAAUGUGUUUCCGUACAGACAUUCUUCGUGUAUGGCAGUGAUUAUACAGAAAAGUGAUAAACGACAGAGCUACAACAAACAAGCAACGACUAAGGGAUAGAAAAUAAAUCAAAAUUAUUCUCAUUUAUUUUCUAUCGUUCAACCGUCACGUAUUUCAUCGCUGUGCUUCUUAUCGCUCACCGUUUAGCGUUUAUCACUCUUCUGUAUAGUCACGGCUUAAAACGCGUAACUUUUCCAACUAUAUAUUAUAAGUAUCUGUGAAUUUAUAUUCUAUAAAUUAAGUAGAAGAUAUGCGGACAAUUAUUUUUGCUAUUUUACGAUGUUUGUAAAUUACACUAAACCGCAGGUCGGUUAGAAGCUUCCAUGUGUAAUAAUUAAAAGAGCCAGUCAAAUUGCUCGUUCAAUUUAGUAAAAUUAAUCUUCUAGAAACGAAACGUGGAUAUAAUCGUUUUUGUUCGAACGACGAGGCUUGGAUGAAAACGCUUUACGAGGUAGUUUCGAAAACGAAGCAUACGACGCUCUAACCAUUAAUUACAUAAUUAACCGUCAUUUUAAUUAAAACUUGAGAACUGAAAUAUCGAAGAUCUUGGAGAUUUCAUUAAUGAAAAUUAUCAAACAAUUCAGAAGGAACCGUCGAAUUUAAGAUUAAGUUAUCUAAAGUCAGCAUAUUCGAUAGAUUUAGGUAUAAAGAUCGACUAGAUGUAACAAAAGUACCUAGCAAACUAUCGAAAGGUAUAUUUUUACAAUUUAGCACGUACAAACGCUAAGGUAUUAAAUUAACGAUAUUCUGACUGAAGUCAUCGACACGUCAGUUACGUCCAUGCCUGGCAAAGCAUCAUCAGUGUUCGAACGAAACUUCGUAGAUUUAGCGAUGCCAUUUAAUUCCUGUUAAUUCUCCCGUAAAUUCACCCAUUAAAGACCAAUUUGCCGGAUAUAGGCAAAUGAAGAAGAAAAAUCGAACGAGUCUUUGGAAUUUCAUUUCGUAACCACGAUAUUAAAAAAUGAAAUUCAAUGAUUUGCUUCGAUCAAAAACAAACAACAAAAAAUAUAUAUAUACAUAUUUAAAACGAGUAGUCUUUAGUGGGUUAAUUUGACAAUUUAUGGCGAAAGGAACCGUGUUGGUUAAACAAUUCCACGUACUAUACUUCUAAUUAUAGUAGAAAAAAGGUGUAGCCACCAUAGCGAAGAUGAAAAAGUGCCUUGUUUUAACUUUCUAUUUCCACGAGAGUGAGGGUAACGAACGUUCUCACCGCCAAAACAAAUUAGCCUCGUUUAAUAUUUAUUGCUUGCAGGGUAUCCUAAGCACUAGGUCGACGUUUGUAUAUAGAAACGUUCUCAGUUAAAAAGACACUAUCGAUCGCGAGGAUAGGUUUGCACGAAAUCGACAGCCGCUUCGAGAGCUUCUCAGCUAUGUGAUUCGAUCGGCACAACGAACCAGAUCGAAUUAAUCUGAUAUUAUUUAGACGGAGUGUGCAGAGGAACCUGAAAUGGUAGAGCUCCGAGUGUUCCUCCGGGACAUGGAUACCUGCCAUCGUGACUUCUAGCAUAAAUUGUGAAACUCUUAUUUGUAAUAAAGACCAUUCGAAAUCUA